GACUGCUCUCCCCUUCCUGUGUAUUUACUGCAGUGUUGUUGUGAAGCUAAUCGAAAAUACCAAAUCAUGUCCGGAGAGACUUUCUGUAAAAUAAUGUCUCUUUCAUGACCGCAGCCGCUCGGAGAGACGCUGUGAGCGGAGCAUACAGAACGAGGGACCCUCCGGCCGUGUGUUCGGGCUGUGUUCGGGCCGCUAGCCGGGCUCCGGGGACUGUUUAUGGUGAAGAGUCGAGGCCUAUCCGCUAACUAAGUCUCCCGUCCACCGUGAGAGCGGAGUUCAUGUUGAAGGAGUCCGGGUCCUGCUUCUGGUCCUGGUCCCGGUUCUGGUUCUGUAUAGAAACUAGAGUUCCCCCCUCGGAAGAUGGACACUGAUAAAUUCAACUAUGUCUACAGCUGUGACCUGGACAUCAAUGUUCAACUGAAGAUAGGCAGUCUGGAGGGGAAACGGGAGCAGAGGAGCUACAAGGCGCUGCUGGAGGACCCCAUGCUGCGCUUCUCCGGCCUCUACCAGGAGAACUGCUCCGACCUCUACGUCACCUGCCAGGUGUUCGCCGAGGGGAAGCCUCUGGCUCUGCCUGUCCGCACCUCCUACAAAGCUUUCAGCACCCGCUGGAACUGGAACGAGUGGCUGCGGCUGCCGGUCAAAUACCCCGACCUUCCUCAAAGUGCCCAGGUUGCUCUCACCGUGUGGGACAUCUACGGCCCCGGCAGAGCCGUCCCCGUCGGGGGAACCACCGUCACCCUGUUCGGGAAGUAUGGCAUGUUCCGGCAAGGAAUGCACGACCUGAAGGUCUGGCCCGGCGUGGAGGGCGACGGCGGCGAGCCCACCACGACGCCGGGACGCACCAGCAGCAGUCUGACCGAGGACCAGAUGGGGAGACUCGCUAAGCUGACCAAGGCUCACCGGCAGGGCCACAUGGUGAAGGUGGACUGGCUGGACCGGCUGACCUUCAGGGAGAUCGAGAUGAUCAACGAGAGCGAGAAGCGCAGCUCCAACUUCAUGUACCUCAUGGUGGAGUUCCCCCGGGUCAAAACCAACGACAAGGAGUACAGCAUCGUCUACUACGAGAAGGACGGAGACGAGGCGUCGCCCGUUCUGAGCAGCUGCGACAUCGUCAAGGUCCCCGACCCUCAGAUGGCCAUGGAGAACCUGGUGGAGAGCAAGCACCACAAGCUGGCCCGGAGCCUCCGCAGCGGCCCGUCGGACCACGACCUGAAGCCCAACGCCGCCACCAGGGACCAGCUCAACAUCAUCGUGAGCUACCCUCCAACCAAGCAGCUGAGCUCCGAGGAGCAGGACCUGGUCUGGAAGUUCAGAUAUUAUCUCACCACUCAGGAAAAGGCCCUGACCAAGUUCCUGAAGUGUGUGAACUGGGACCUGCCGCAGGAGGCCAAGCAGGCGCUGGAGCUGCUGGGGAAGUGGCGUCCGAUGGACGUGGAGGACUCGCUGGAGCUGCUGUCGUCCCACUUCACCAACCCCACGGUGCGGCGUUACGCCGUGGCGCGCCUGCAGCAGGCCGACGACGAGGACCUGCUCAUGUACCUCCUCCAGCUGGUCCAGGCGCUCAAGUACGAGAACUUCAGCGACAUCCAGGGCGGCCUGGAGCCGGGCAGCAAGAGGGACGGCCAGGGGCUUUCAGACGACUCGGCACUGGACAGUUCCCAGAGUGCAUCUGGCUCGACCGGACAGACCGCGGCGGCACAGAAAGGAAAGGACGGCGGCGACGGCGACAGUCUGGAGCAAGACCUGUGCACGUUCCUCAUCUCACGUGCGUGCAAGAACUCCACGCUGGCCAACUACCUGUACUGGUAUGUGAUCGUGGAGUGUGAAGACCAGGACACGCAGCAGAGAGACCCCAAGACCCACGAGAUGUACCUGAACGUGAUGCGGAGGUUCAGCCAGGCGCUGCUCAAGGGCGAUAAGAGCGUCAGGGUCAUGCGCUCGCUCCUGGCGGCUCAGCAGACGUUCGUGGACCGACUGGUGCAGCUGAUGAAGGCCGUCCAGAGGGAGAGCGGGAACCGCAAGAAGAAGACGGAGCGGCUCCAGGCCCUGCUGGCCGACAACGAGAAGGUCAACCUGUCGGAGAUCGAGCCCAUCCCGCUUCCCCUGGAGCCGCAGAUCCGGAUCCGAGGAAUCGUCCCCGAGACGGCCACGCUCUUCAAGAGCGCCCUGAUGCCGGCCAAGCUGAUCUUCAAGGCCGAGGACGGCGCCAUGUAUCCCGUCAUCUUCAAGCACGGAGACGACCUGAGACAAGACCAGCUCAUCCUGCAGAUCAUCUCGCUCAUGGACAAACUGUUAAGAAAAGAGAAUCUGGACCUGAAGCUGACGCCCUACAAAGUUUUAGCCACCAGCACGAAACACGGUUUCAUGCAGUUCGUUCAGUCGGUUCCUGUGGCUGAAGUCUUGGCGACGGAGGGAAACAUCCAGAGCUUCUUCAGGAAACACGCGCCGAGCGAGAAGGGGCCGUACGGCAUCAGCUCCGAGGUCAUGGACACCUACGUGAAGAGCUGCGCCGGUUACUGUGUCAUCACCUACAUCCUGGGAGUGGGAGACCGCCACCUGGACAACCUGCUGCUGACCAAGACAGGGAAGCUCUUCCACAUCGACUUCGGCUAUAUCCUGGGCCGAGACCCCAAGCCGCUGCCCCCGCCCAUGAAGCUGAGCAAGGAGAUGGUGGAGGGCAUGGGCGGCAUGCAGAGCGAGCAGUACCAGGAGUUCCGGAAGCAGUGCUACACCGCCUUCCUGCACCUGCGGCGCUACUCCAACCUCAUCCUCAACCUGUUCUCGCUCAUGGUGGACGCCAACAUCCCCGACAUCGCCCUGGAGCCCGACAAGACUGUGAAGAAGGUGCAGGACAAGUUCAGACUGGACCUGUCGGACGAGGAGGCCGUCCACUACAUGCAGAGCCUGAUCGACGAGAGCGUGGGCGCGCUGUUCGCCGCCGUGGUCGAACAGAUACACAAGUUCGCUCAGUAUUGGCGCAGAUGAACGGAAGAGAUGAGACGACGGAGAGGAGGCUGACGUGGGUCAAACACACACACACACACACUACGACACCGUGUGUGCCUGUGUGUGUGUGUGAAGGCGAGAGAAAUAAACCCAGUGACACUGUUUAAAAGGCCAAGAUUGCACUGCCAACCUUUACUGCAAGACGGCGGAGCCGAGCCGGGGCGAGCGCUCCGCCUCCUCCUGUAAAUACCCUGUACAUUAAUUAUUGAAUGAAUGAAUGAAAUGUUCGGCCAAAAUAAAACGA